AUUAGUUCACCUAGGGGAAAUAAUUUCUUUGAAAAAAAGAAAGAAAAAGUCAUUCCUCAACAAUUUCAGGUUUUACACACACAAUGGUUUGACAGAAUGUCCAGUUGGUUUAAAUGGCAAGGAAGAAUUUUGCCUGUGAAUGGACACCCAAAUCUAUCAUAUUGACGAUAAUAAUUGGUACUGUCUUGUUCAAUGAAUGUUUUAUAUACAUCAUACAGAGUUUUAGAUGGCCAGACAUAGGCUUAGAUGAUUACAGAAAUUAUGAAGAAGAGCAAGUUAUAUUACUGGUAUCUGAUCCACAGUUACAAGGGUACCAGAUGGAACCACGGUUUCCUGUAGGAGCAUUUUCUAGAUGGGACAUAGAUAGAUAUUUAACCAGAACUUUUGGCUUAGCCUAUCAUCAUGUAAAACCUGAUAUUAUAUUAUUCCUUGGUGAUUUGAUUGAUGAGGGCAGUACAGCUUCAGAUGACGAGUUUUAUUAUGCUUACCAAAGAUUUAAUGAUGUGUUCUCACCAGCUCAGUAUACUAAAAAGAUAUAUAUUCCCGGUGACAAUGAUAUAGGUGGCGAAGGCAGAGACUUCAGAACACAGAAAAAAGAGGAAAGAUUUGUUAAAAAUUUUGAAAAUAUGACUGGUGUGUCUACAUUUGGGUUCAUAGAUUACAUAAAGUUAGAUAUGCAGUUUCCUGAGCCAAGAUUUCUUGAGAAAAGAAUGCUUGCUACAUCAUUUGGAAACAAACUUGGUCCUGGUAUUCAUAUUUUCCUCACACACUACACUAUUUUACCAAGAGACAAACCUUUUGUUAUUUCUAAUCCAGAAGAUAUGGUGUGGGUUGUACGGCCAAGAAAAGCCUCCCCUGUCCAUGUUUUAGUCAGCCAUUUAUCUGUUCUACUCAGAGACAAAAUGAGAGUUAAUCCUAUCCUGCAACAAGUCCGUCCUCACCUGAUAUUCUCAGGACACUGGCAUAAGGCCACUGUAUUUCUGUGCAAUGAUUGUAUGAAAGAUGAUGACUCAUCAUGGAGUGUAAAACAGAGAAACAUAGAAGACAUGACAGGAUGGAUGGUUACAAAUCUGACAGAGAAACCAUUCUCCAUCACAGAAAUCAUGAUACCUACAUGUAGUUAUAGAAUGGGAGUGCCAAGUAUGGGAUAUGGUGUGGCUAUAAUUAUAAGUAGACACAGAAAUCAUGGUACCUACGCUCGUAUCUAUAAAGAUGUCUGUAUUAACAAUGCCAUUCCAAGCGCACAACGCCUAUUGAACUCUAAUUUGAGAAGUAUUGUCAACGCAAUUGGUAACGACAAGCUUGAGAUCAGAGGAUCAGUGGUAAGGGCUAGACACGAUAAAAGUACACGUGACACCUACACCAAUACACAAAGACGUGGAGACCGAGACGAUACGAUAGUCAAUAAUGUGAGUGGUAAUCGUGGCUAUUACAGACGAAAUGAUCGUGGGCGUGGAAACACUAGAGGUGGAAAUAGCCAUAACACGGAUCAAAGGUCAACCUAUAGAAAUGGACAAUCUACCAAUGAUAACCAUAAUCAGUCAGAAAGGAAUUUGAACGGUCGGGGACGAGGAAAUUACAGAGGUCAGAACGGAGGUCAUAAUCAGAAUAGCCGUGAUGGGCAUAAAUAG